UUGAGCGUCCUUUGUGGUUUUGCUGCAGUAGAUUUCGAUUGUUCACAUCGUUAUUUUAAGGUGCGAAUCUAUUGUCAAGGAUUGGAAUUGCCAUCAAGUCCGAUUUCCUUGAACGUGCUGUCAACCGAAGAAUCACGAGCAGACUCGCGAUCGUUCUCAAGCGCAUCUCGUGACGAUAUCACAAAAGUUAGUGGCGAGAACGCCGUGCAGAAGUCCGACUCCAAUUCGGACGCGGGCAUCUCGCAUAAAUCGUUCACCCAACAACGAUCUCAUUCUAUCAAACAACUUGAGACCCAGAACAACUCAAAACGACAGAAAUCUCUAGUACAGCUUCAACGCAAACCAUCGCCUCAUCGAAAAAGUAAAACUUGCAAAAAGGCUGUAUUGUUCGAAGCGUCAGCUCAUCAAGAGAUGACACUACGAUCGGCUGACAUCGGCUUGGUGUCGUUUUCCGGUCUCAGCGAACCAUGUAGCGUCGGUUCCAUCGUAGAAGUUGUAGUGAGUAUUCUGUGA